AUGUCGCUUGACAUAACCGAGAAGAACAAUACGAUUGAGAAGAAAGUGAAAAGCAUAAACGCACGAGUUUUACACCUCGACGAGACGUCGCACAGCUUUGACCUCCAGCACCAUGCAAGUGGAGCUGAGCUAUACCUCCAAGUAAUCCGGAAGUUCAAUAUUCUCGAAUCUGAUUAUUUUGAUCUCGAAUAUAUGAACGAGGAUGGCAUUAGAUGCUGGGUGGAUCAUACAAGACCAUUAGUUCGCCAGAUCUCUCAUGGGCAGGAAUUUGUGUUUCGAUUCUGUGUGAAGUUCUAUACUCCACAUCCCAAUCUUUUGGAGGAAGAAUACACAAGGUACCUGUUUGCGUUACAAAUCAAAAGGGAUCUAAUCACCGGCAUCCUGAUUUGCAGUGAAAAUACUGCUGCUCUUCUAGGUUCCUACAUAGUUCAAGCUGAAAUUGGUGAUUUUAUCAAAGAAGAAUAUCGAGAUAUCAGCUAUUUGAGGACACUAAAAAUCCUCCAUGAACCAAAUGAUGAUCGCCUGCGAAGGGUUAUGGACUUCCACAAGAACCACAUUGGAAUGUCUCCGACCGAUGCAGAUUUUGCGCUUCUGGACACGGCAAGAAAGGUCGAAUUCUAUGGUGUUCGUCUCCACCCCGCAAGGGACGUUGAAGGUCUUCCCAUGAGCCUCUCAGUUACACAUCUCGGCCUAGGGGUGUUCCAAAACCUUACCAAAAUAAAUUCGUUCUCGUGGGCAAAAAUCAGGAAGUUGAGCUUUCGCCGUAAACGCUUCCUAAUCAAACUACAUUCAAUGGACUAUGAUGUGAUUGAAUUCCUUUUUGAUUCACGAGACAACUGCAAACGCUUUUGGAAGAAAUGCAUUGAGCACCAUGCUUUCUUCCGUUGUCCCCUGCAAGAACGCUCGCGUCAGCGACGACCGAAAGUUGUCACAAAGGGUUCGUCCUUCCGGUACAUUGGACGAACGCAAAAAGAGCUCGUUCGUUUUAUGCGCGAGAAUAACCUACGAAGGCCUCCAUUUGAAAGGCCAUCAACAGCUCGAAGAGCUCACCCGACGAUGCUAACCGGUCCUAACUACGCUCACGCCAGGAUGGGCACAAUGUCGAUGACACUGCGCUCAAAGUCCGCCGACCACCGAAGACAACAACUCCUCGACUCCAGCCAAAUCCACCUCCAUGGUGGGAUUCUCGGGGGUUCAAGAGGUUUUCUGGAGCAGGUGGGAGCUUCUGUCACGAAUGCUAAUCAACUGAAGCGAGCUCAUUCAAGUUUUGUACCAAGCUCUGCAAAUAUUGGCAUGGCUACCGGUGCGAUGGCAACAAGUGGAUACUCCACAAUGGGGGGAAGUAGCAGUGGUGGUCAACUGGCCGGAGAGGGUUUAGAUGGGGAUGGUGAGUCUUUAGACAGGGGAGGUGGACGUGAAGAGGUGCAACAGGAAGGACUGAUUACCACAGUACCUCCGUCUACUACCUCUCGAGUCGAUUUCGAUGGGCCACCGAGUCCCGUCGCCACAAUCCCACCUGCUGUCCUCGCUUCCACUGCGUCAAUUAACACUUCGAUUGAAACCUCAGCAGCUGUCCCGUCAAAGCCAUUGAGGUCGACAGUUGCAGCGUCUAGAGGACAAAACAGUGAGAUUAUCGGCACCUCUUUUACCGGAGCACUUCGUAGGCAAACGUCCCUGGCUGAACGUCGACCCUGUGAUCUAUACGGCCAGGAAAAGGCAGAAGAAGAAUUGGGGCUCUACAGUAAGCAGAUGUCAGCAUCAGCUCUCUGUACAUUCGGUCAUCAGCCACAAAUUCCCACACAGACGCUUGGUGAAGAAACAGGUGCUGAACAGCCAGUCCCAGCAACUACUACCUCGUUUAUCUCCGACUCCAUUAUGACUACUGCUCAAGUGAGGCCUCUCUUCGCCAGGGAUGCGGCAACUGGCAGUAUGAAAUUCGCGGUAAAUGGAGAGAGAACUUUGCAACCCCACACAGCACACAUGCAAAGUUAUUUGCGCGUCACUUGUGAUGUUAUCAUGGUGCUAAAAACCGAGGGUUUACUUCAAGCAGAGGAAACUUUUGAGGAAACCCAUUUACCUCCAUCGAUGAGUCUUUUGGGAGAUACCUGCCACUGCAAAACGACCUCUACUCAAACUAUUCCCGCAGCUGGUGAUGGAGAAGACGGAGUCGAAACGGAAGAUGCCCCUAUCAUAGAAACUGCGGAAGCACUUGGGAGCUUGAAUCCAGGAAAGUGUGGUCGAAAAAAGUAUCACCAACACUCCAAUCAAUCAUCAUCAGGUCGCAUAGACUCUAUUUUUGAUGGUGGCACAGAUUCAUCUGCAACAGCGGCCCAAAUAGUCGGGAUAGACCAGUGGAGCUCUAGCGGCACGGAGAGCACGACGGGCGUAAUAUUACGCAGCAGAACUACUGCAGAGUGGUCCACUGAGCAGAAUGAAAAGCUGAACUUGGAAGCUAAAACUACAAAUGUUACAAGCGAGCACACCCCCGAUUGCCUAAGACGAAUGGAAAAAACCGAAAAAACAAUGCCACCAUCGACUGUGUUGCCUAUCGAUACUCUACCUGCCAGACCAUGUCAAUCAAAGAAAGGCGCUCCUUCCUACGGAUUCUCGUAUGGAUUUUCAAGGUCAAUUCCAGCUGGUGUCCACUUAGCUGGCUUACCAGAUGCCCCUGAAAGUAAUCCGUUUCAAAAUCCCCAUGAUGUCACCUAUCCUCCAAAUUUGGUACAAGAGAGACAUGGUCAUCUGAUGUCUGAGAAACCAUUUCCCUUUCCUGAAAUUCCCACUUUUGGCUUUGUACCACGCCAUCCAGCUCAUUCGGCACACAUGUUAGCGCCUCACAAUUGUAAUAUUCAGGGUAGUUUCUACGACGAGAGAAUGACUCCCUGUCUCUACAUGCAUCCACUGCGACUUCAGGUGACUAGUAUCUUGAUUUAUUUAAUUAACCCCAAGGACAUGAAAGUGUGCCAGAGGUCACACAGAGGCAGUGGAUCAGGUCAGCAUCGUCACCAUCAUCAUCAUAACAGACAUCAUCACCGCAGGAGUUAUCACAGGAGGGACGAGCACAUCUCCCAUGGCCUACCACCUCCUCCGGACAUUUGUUGCCAUAGCCAACCUCGGUACACUUACGGCAACUGUAAUGACGAAUCCCCCUCACAGAAGCGUUCUCAAAGGAAACACGAAUCAAAAUCCCUGAAAGGUCUGUAUGAGACUCAACCCAGCAUGACCGCUAGACGAAGCAAACAACAACAAGGUGAUUUAAACGAACUGCAUCAGCCGAAAUCUUCAGCCAGUCCGUCUUCACUGAAACUUCUCGAGGGGGAUUUUGCUGAAGUUGAACCGCCCGCGUUACCCAGUCGUGCCCACCACAGCCACCGUAACCAUCGUCCUUCAGGCUCGCCUCAACCUCCUACACUGCCGCCUAAACCAGGAGAAGGUAAAGACGAAUCGCAGCUAUGCAAAAUUCACCCUCCAAUUCCUCCCGCCAUCCCUGUAGCUUCCAAGCACCGGCAAACGGAUGCAAAGCUUUUCAAGACAGAAAACUGGAAGCAGACGCUACCAAAUGCUGGACACCAUCAUCACCACCACUGUCAUACGCAUGAACAUGGUGACCAGCCUGAAGCCCCGCACCUACAGAAACGUCGGCCAGUGCAGUCACCAACGCUGAUCGGUGAAGAGCCUCAAUCUCUGGGAAUUUCAUCGCCAGUUCUGGGGGAUGAUAGGAGCCGGAUGGGAUCUACUCGAACGUCCCCACUUCCUCCUGCCUCCACAGCAAAGAAUGUGACAGCCUCCAAGGAAUAUAUGGAGAAAAUUGGGGCCCAGAACGCGAGCAUUGAAGCUCUUAGACGUGAGUUACGUUCGGUUGAAACUGCAUCGUCAGUCACCACCAUUACGGGCAGCUCUGUUGGGAGAUCAAUUGUUGUGACAGCUCGUACCCUUUUGGAUAGACCCGGUGGGUGUUCGCCAGUUCCCAGUCCUGGCAGCACUGGCCCGCACCUUCCUCCUUCUAUUUCUCCGUCAAAUGAAGCCGCGGCUCGUCUAGCUGACGCCUCAGCUUCUGCGUCACUUGGAGAUCUUAGGAAUACAAUUACAGGCAACGCGAGUGGUUCUGGAGAUGUUGCCGUUAAGAAAACAGAACACACAAGAUCAGAGAAGGACCCAAACAGCCUUUUAAUUGCUCCUCAAGAUGCCACUUACUUAGAAUCUGAGUCAGAUUCGAGCCCGGAACAAGUCACCACAGAUACAGUUCGGCGCUCUCUGCUGCCUAACCCACCAAAGCGUUCCCAUUUUCCUUUGGCUGGAGAAGCUCCAAAACCUCCAUCCUUGCCACGAUCAUCAAGCAUUUCAAAUAGUCGUUCUUCUGAGUCCUCAUCUGUUGUCUCCUACUCACGAUCUCAAUCCCUUUUCUCUCACGGUGCGAUGCAGUCGAAUGAAUCCAGUCUCACUGGUCGCUCUUCACCAACCGACUUGUCCUCAGAUGGGGAAGCUAAUUCUUCCUCAGUUUCGCCGGUGCCUGAAUACAGUAGACAAAGAAAGCACCAUCACCAUCACCCUUGUCACGAGUGCGCAUUCCGCUCUCAUGGUCACUUGCAUGCCUUUGCUAGCAGUAGUCAUCGAAGCCUCAGUCGUCAACACCAUCAACGACAUGGAGACUUCCAUGACAAAAAGUCAAGUGGGAAACGGAGCAAAUCAAGCCACUCGUCACGUGAAAUGCGGCCCGAUUCUGUGCUGCUGAAGACCCUCAUCAACGACGAAAUAGCCCUUGAGACCAUAGCUCACCAGCAAAAAUUGCUUAAACGUGAAUUGGCCAAGCAAAAACAACUUGCGGCUGAGUUGGAAGAGGCAAAGAGAAGAACACAGCAGCUGCUAGAAGAGAAUUCUCAACUGGAAAAGAAAAUCGUAGUAUUGCCCAAAAAAGAAGAGAAAGAAAAGGAAAGUGGUGUAAAGGAGCAAGAGGGGGAGGUCAUCUCAACCGCAGGCUCGUCCCACAGGGAGCAUCAUCGUUCUUCUUCGGGCAGACGACGGCAUCAUCAUCGGAGAAAUAAGCAUCGUCAACAUUCGAGCGAAUCAGAGGCAGAAGAUCCUUCGGAAAAUAAAUACGAUAAUUCUAAGUCUCCUAUAUCAGAACGCCGAGAAGAGGAGACGGCUAAACGUGCAUCCUACCAAAGGCACAGUCACUCUAAGGGCCGCCAUCGUCGCCACCAUCGAACUGAUCGAAGUGAAAAGGUCCCUUCUCAGAGCGAACCUCAGCAGCAGAAGCAGGCAAAAGAAGUACCCGAAAACUCAAAAGACAUGAAAAUGCCACUUCAGUCACGUGAACAGCCUCCUGACCAGAAAAUCGGCCAAAAAAAUGAAACCCAAGUGGUGGCGAAUGCAGAAGAUCCGACAGAGUCGAAAGAAAAUUUUAGCCAGUCUGGUGAAGGGUUGCCUCCUACCCCUUCACCCCCUCAUUCACCACCUCCUCAGCAAGAAAGGCUCACGGCCACUGUCUGUGUCACUGAUAUCUCACCCUUAUCAAAGACCACAAACCCAAUCCAAGGUGCCGCGGAGGACCAGACGCAUAAAUCUGCUGACCAAUCGCUUCCAGCUGCUCACAAAGUCACUCAACAGCCGUUAUCAAUCCAAUCGACGGACGAAACAGGCCUUGCUAAGUGCAUCAUAAAAGAGGUUUUAAAGCAAACAUCGAAGCGGGGUGACUGUAAGCCCUAUUCCGAUCCUUCAUCCCCUACCCAAUCAUCUUCCUCCAAUAUGCUCUUCUCCAAGUCAUGCCUUCUAGGCGAUCAUUCAACCACCGAACUCAUUAAAAGGGUGCUAAUAUUUGCUUUUGGAAAAAGCUGGUAUUCAAUUACUGAAACUUCUCGUUUCUCGUUCCAGGCAAAACCACUGGAUGAUAACUUCGUCAGCUCAGUGGACCCAUCGCAUCAUCAUGAGUUGACAGGCACCAGCCUAGAACCAGUUCCAGAGGGUCGUGUUGCUGAGUCCUAUUCCCUGAGCAGACCCUACCGAGCCGAACUUUCCACAUUUCUUGAUACUAUAAAAAAUCAAGCCAUCUAUAAAGAAUACGAGGGUGAAUCUGAAAAUUCAGACGUCGACGUUGAAGAGGUCGAUUCUGACUCAACGUCCGCUAGUGAAGGAAGUGAAGAAAUUGAACCCUUUCCGCUUCCUCCUGCUCCACCUCCUGACUUGAAUACGGCUGACGCACCACCACAAUCAACGCUUACUCAGUCGAAACGUGGGAGGGAGCUUCAUGAGGUAGUCUCUGAAGUUGAAAGUGGAACACUAUCAGAGUUGGCGCUUGUGAUCCAUUCGGCACCACUCAAGCCCGUAACUCCUGUUCGAUUAUCCAAAGCAUCGGUCAUGGACAAGCCCGAAAUGAAAGUCGACUGUAGCAACACUAGUAGUAACGAGAUACGAACUGGGUCCGCGGCGGUAGUCACGCCCUCAAAAAAGUCUAGAACUCGUCGGAAGGCAACUAGGCAAAGGCAGAGAUCUGUGCCUGAAAUGAAGCCAGCCUCCGACGAUGCUGCGGAGGUCUGA